UUUAUUUCCCUUGAAAGGUACGGAAAGAAAACUUGAACACAAUGAGUGGCAGAGAAGUUCUGUGUAACCCCCUCUACUAUGUAGAGGUGAUGCGACUCAAGUACACCGAGACACUGACAGACUGGUGCUGUAUCGAGUUAUCCCAUGUGCUGGACUUCAGUGGUACAGACGGCCUUGGUCAGGUGCUGAUGGGAAAGGUUGAUAAUAGGCAAGGCAAGACCAUCAUCAGGAAAUUCACCAGGCAUAAGAAAAAAGCAGCUGCCCUCCAGCCUCAGCUGUCAGUAUUUGGUGCUCCAUUGAAUGAGGAAGGUUACUGUAAAGCCAGACAGCUGAUUGACUAUUUAAAGGAUUAUGUGCAUGUUGAAGGACUCUUCCGUAUCCCAGGGAACUCCAGCCGUCAAUCACGUCUCAAGGACCUCCUCAGCAUGGGUAGGACGGUGGACCUGGAAAGCUCUGAAUUCACCCCGCACGAUGCAGCCUGUGUCCUUAAGACCUUCCUAAGUGAACUACCAGAACCUCUGCUUACAGACAAACAUUAUGAAGCUCAUAUACAGGCUGCAGAGCUGACAUACAAACUUGAGAUCCUUCCCCAUCAAACACCCGAGAUGCUUGGGAGGCUGAGAGCGACACGGACGACCAGCCAGGUGGGGGCUCUCCGAUACCUCUUCCUGAUGCUCCAGCCCUGCACAUACAAGCUCCUCAGGGACGUGAUGGAACUGCUCCACACUGUGGCGGCCAACGAGGAGACUAACAAGAUGAAUGCUUCUAGUCUUGGCAUCCUCUUUGCACCCCACGUUCUCUGGCCUAGAUUCUUGACUACAAAUGACUUGAGGGAUCAGAGCUACAUCAAUAAACUCAACUAUGCUGUGGAAUUCAUGAUUAGCUACACAACCAGCAUUUUCAAGGUCCCAGACUCUAUGCUCCAAAAGUGUGCAUUGUUUGUCAAAAAUGGAGGGAAGUUACCAGAAGACGAAGAAGAAAAGAUCAAUCAUCGUCAAAGAGCACAGUCCGACGAUGAAUUGGAGUGUGUUCGAAGGCUUCCUAUAAGCCAGCCGGAAACAGGCUCAGUAACAACCCACAGUACGCAGGAUUUCACACAGAACGCCCUCGCUCAACUCUAUGCUGACGUUCAGUCCAUGCCUGAAAGCUCCAAGAAACGCAAACUCAUGAAGCAGUUCGUACACAACAGCUAUCUCCCAGGCACGCCUACCAAAGUAAGAGAAGAUGCUGUCCAGAUGACAAAGUCUCAGGAGCGGUCUCGCAAGCAUCACAGACGUAGUCGAUCAGCCGGCGAUGUACUUGUGAAGCAGCUAAGUACACCGUUCAGCAGUCGCAAGAAGAGGCUAGCACCAAAUCCGCCACCUCAAAAGUUUUUGCCUACCUCACACUCCGUUGAAGAACCCGGAUAUGAGAAUGACCUGGUAAACGGCCUCAACGACCUCAAUAGCUGCAGUGGAAGGACAUCUGGCAGUCCAUUUAGAUUGUCCAUGAGAAAAAAGAAGGAUUUAAACAUCCCUUCACCUGCGCCCCGCACCACACCCCACACCCCUGGGUCCCACCGGCGUAAUGACACCCCAGGUGCUCGCCCUGUCUCUCAGAGGACCAAGCAGCCCCUCCCAACCAGCCAGGAGCCCCGCCCUACCAAGCAAACAAGCAGUAGUUCCAGGAGACCGGUCCUCAAGCCCCAUAGCACUGAUAACAUCACCCCUACCCGCAAGGCACCAAGUGCACCCCCAAAGAAGUACUCCCCUUAUAUCCCACCCCCAAGGAGCCAUUCUUCACCAAUAGAAAUGGACUACGAAGCUCCAACAGAGAAUUCUACCAAGCGAGGUCUUCCUCGCCCCAGAAGCCAGUCCUCCCCGAAGGAGAUGCUCCGAGGAACCUCAUCCCGACAGUCCCAGUCCAGAAGGACCCCGGUCCCUGCACCCCGCACCAACACUCCACCGGUAUCUACCACCAAACAAAGGAAACGCAGGAGCGAUGGCACAGCCGUUGAUAGUCCUCUGGUCGUAGGGAGUCAUCAUGCAGCAUCACACAGGCCAGUACCCAAACCAAGGAUAGUAGAUAAAAGGCAACUUCAAACAGCUGUUUGAGUACUGAUAUAUGACAGGAAUACAACCUCUGCAUACAUCAUUAUCCAAGUCUACAAUCGCAAGAGACUCAAUUGUGAGAGACAAUCGAUGCCCAUCAAGACGGCAUCGUGUAAACUUUUCACCAAUGGCAGAAAUAUCAUAUAUAAAGUCUGCAUUAAAAAAGUAAACAUUGAAUUUGCCCUGCUCCAACCUGUUGCUUGAAUGAUUUUGCAAUGAACCUCAUGUGCAGGCUCUGUUGUUUAGAACCAGUAACCAGGACGACAAGCGAAUAUGAUGUUAGCACUUUGGUACUCUAUGGGAUGUUGAAUGUUCACUGCUAUUAUUAGCCUUGGUGUGUUAUACAUGUCAUUUUCUUAAAUGUUUGUAUUGUGUACAACAACAUAGUUCUACCUAUGGUUUGUCAGCUAUGAUUCAUCAUGAAUACAUUUGUCAUCUCACACCUGUAUAGCUGCUGUAUAAAUGAAGACAAAAUUGUUUGUGAUUUUGAUCAAACAUAAAGAUCUUUGCAACAGGUUCCAGCUAGUUGGUUCAUGCGAGAAAGAACUUACUGUAUUGCAGUUCUCAGCACUACAAGAAACAUUUGCUACUUUGAUCAUGUUUGUUGCUAUUGGGGCACAAUGCCAAGUAUUAUAGAACAAACGAGUGGAAAAAUAUACAUAUACUGUACCUAUUUAAAAGUUGAUGAAUAUACGUGAAGAUUGAGAAAGAUAGCGAGGGAUUUGUGGGUUAAGUGGCAUGUGCCACUGACUUGCUAAUCAAACGCGACUAGUGUUUGCUAUGUGCUUAUUUGUAUAUCAGUGUAAAUGCUUUUGUGUCCAGCUUUCUACUGUACAAAGUAAGCUAGAGAAAGAACAAUGCACACUUGUAAAUUCACUUUUUCAAAAUUUCUGUACAAAAUGUAGAGCAAUGUUUAUAUAACCACAUAUCGUUAUACAGAAUGUACAUUGUGUUAGAGAUGUGGAAUCAAUUAAUAUACAAGUAUCGUUUGUAAAUAUGAAGAUCGUGUACAAAGCAUUAUAUUGUGGAAUAGUAACUUCUUAUACAUGUAUUAGAAGAAGAAAAAAUCAUUUAGACAUCUCAUUCCUUUUAUAUCGAGUGUAGAUUGCACAAACUGUAUAAGUCACCAUAAU